GGCCAAGGGGACGGGGCGUAGCAAGGGCGCUGUGGGCGGGGCGGGCGCUGCGGGAUGGACGCGGUUCUGCUCGCCGCCGCUGCCGUGCUGCUCGCCGUCCUUCUCUUCUUCGCCACCCGCCUCCGCGGACAAGCCAGGGCAGCUGAUGAGGAGCACCAGCAGAAUGUGGCAGCAGCAGCAGCAGGGGCCAGGCCCCGGCCCCACGGGGAGGAACGAGCAGAGGGGAUGCCCCGGCGCCGCAGGAACAUGGGCGCCAGGCUGAUGGCCCAGAGGAGAGCCCAGCAGGCAGAGGAGUGGCUGGAAGAGGAAGAGGAUGCUGAAGAGGUGCCAGAAUUUCAGGUGUCUGGGAAAAUUGGAGCAAAGAAGCAGAGGAAAUUAGAAGAGAAACAAGCCAGGAAAGCACAGAGAGAGGCUGAAGAAGCAGAGAGAGAAGAAAGGAGAAAGCUCGAAUCAAAAAGAGAGGAGGAGAGGAGGAAGGAAGAGGAGAGGAUUCGUCUGGAGGAGGAACGACAGGAAGAGGAGAAAAGGAAAGCAAAGGAAGAAGAGGAGAAGAGAGAAUAUGAAGAGUACCUGAAGCUGAAGGAGAGUUUUGUGGUUGAAGAGGAAGGAGUUGAAGAAUCAAUGACAGAGGAGCAGUCUCGCAGCUUUCUUAUGGAAUUCCUGGAAUAUGUUAAGAAAACAAAGGUUAUCCAGCUGGAGGACCUGGCUUCACAUCUGGGUUUAAGGACACAGGAUGCAAUUAACAGAAUCCAGGACCUGAUGGCAGAUGGCACCCUGACAGGUGUGAUUGAUGACAGGGGAAAGUUCAUCUACAUCACUGCAGAGGAGAUGGCAGCCGUGGCCCAGUACAUCAAGCAGCGAGGCAGAGUCUCCAUUGCAGAGCUGGCCCAGGCCAGCAACUCCCUCAUCAACCUCCAGCCUGACAGCAGAGCUGUGGCUCCAACCCUGGCCUGAGAAACACACUGCAGGAGUUUAACCUCUUAAUGAAUAAAGCACGUAAUUAAAAGCAAACGAGAACCUCCCCGGGGCAUUCGUGGUGCCUGAAGGUAGGAUGCUCUUUCGAAGCACCAGCUGCAAACUCAGAAGUUUUUAGAACUGGUGUUAAAUGAUAAGAGUUGAUUGUACAAGAGGCUGGCCAGGAAGUCAAACACUGAUGCACCUGUGGCCCAGGAGGAUCAGUCAUUUAUCCCCUGGCAGCCAGUUUCUUGUUGCUAUAAAUAAACUUUUUAUUGUUUGCAGAUUCUGAUAUCUCUAUCAAAUUGAUUGCAUUCAGGGUUCUCCAGGCUUGCUCUGCACUGUGGAGCUGUUUAAUUUUGUGAUGGACACAGCAUAGGUGUGUAGGCUUUGGCUGCUGUACUUAGAUUGGAAGGAAAGAGUAAAAAGAAAAUAUUCUACAUGUGUCUUUGUUCUUGCUGAAAUAUAUCCUGAACUCUGAAAAAAAAAAACUCUGAAAAGAAUGGUUGCUCUGUUCAAAAUUCCAGGGGCUAUUUCAGGAAGCCUUUGCUAUAUAAAUAUGUUUUCCUUGGUUUAUGUAACAUAAAAAGUUUGCUUGCAGACAAGCUGCAUCAUUUCCCUGUAGCCAAGAGACAGAAACCCCUCCAGGGAAGGGCUGACUGGGCUCAUUCAUUGUGCAGGCCAGUUCUGCUGAUACCAACCAGAUCCUGGUGAUUCAUCCUUUGAAGUCAGAGCCAGCUCAGAGUGUCUGAAGGGCUCAGACACCCCCACCCCGUGGCCUCUGUGUUCUGCAGGUCUGGGGGUUUUUAAAUAAAAACUUCAGAAACUCUGAGUCAUGCAAUGAAUGUUCCAAGUUAAUUAUUAUUAAUGUAUUAAUUGUAUGGGUCAGUGUAUUUCCUGCAUAAGAAUAUUUAUUUUUUCAAUCAUUCAUUCAUUCUCUCUGAAAUCAGAAUUUAUGUGAAUAAACAGUAAUUGGGGUGGACAAGAGGUUUUGUCUCUGCCAAACUUAGAGGUAACUUGAGCAGACUAAAAGCCACCUUAUCAGUGGGAUGAAACAGCAAUAAAAGAAUGGAAAGAAACAUUUCCUUUUAAUCUCUGCACUGCUGUUGAAUGUGAGAGUGCAGGAGAAUGCAGUUCCACCAGCACCAGCACCAUGUGUUGGUGUGAAAGAUCAGCACAUCCUGAGUGCUGUACAACCACAGCCAGCAAAGAGGUUAUUGAACGUUUGAGGCUUGCAAAGUAUCUUGCCUAAGGAUUGCAUAUUAAAUUUUCUAAAAAUAUUUGGUUUUGCCACUGUUUUUUUGUUCUGUCUUCAACUAUUCUUGUAAUAAAAUCAACCAUAUUGAAAGAA